CUGCUUGCGUCAUCCAUCCGCGCCUGUAGUUCUGUUUUGCUUCCUUCACGCACAUGAGACAAACCAACGUGGCUUUUCCUUUUUGACAAGAAAUUUGCCCAGCUAUUAAGUGUCGUUACAUGUUCAUUACAUACAAAAUUUUUAUAAAAACAACGAAACAAGCAGUUUGACGAGUGAAUAAACUCGCUUUGCCUCCUCAGACACGAACCGUCUUCAGGGUAUCAUGUUUAACGAGGAUGAAGACUGGAACGAAGAACAAGACGCUCCAGUCCUGAGCAAAACUGUCCUCAAAAACAACCAGAAGACGAACAGCAGCACAAAUGUCAAGUCUAAGGUUGUUGGAAAGAAGAGCCUGCUGCGCACCCUGCAGACUCUGGGAUCAGUACCAGACUGGAGGAAUGAUGACCGUCAGCAGGACAGUGACAGUGAGGCUGAAGAGACUCCAUCAGUCAGUAAGAAAAGAAAGAAACGAAGGAAGAGGCGAAAGCAAGAGCAGACGACAGGAGAGCAGCAAGAGAACGGCGACUUAAAUCAGACCGAGGAAGAGGAGAAACUGGUGGGAAAAAAGAGGAAGAAAGACAACAAAUUUGGGGCGCCGAAGGUAAAAGCCACUUCUGUGAUAGAGACAAAGGAUGAAGAAAUCACAAAAUCCGCAAAGGUAAACGCAAAGAAACCAGAGACCACACAGAAACUGAGCAGACAACAGUGGAAAAACAAAAUGAAGAACAAGAGGAAUUGUAAAAAUAAAUACAGACAGAAUAAGUCAGAGGAGGAAGUAAACAAAGCUGAAUCUGUGGAGAAACCCGAGCCAAAUGAAGAAGUCAAAACAGAGUCAUAUAGCAACAACAGCAGUGAAAAAAUCAGCCAGACACCAGCUAAGAGGAAGGAAAAAGAACUUAAACCACAAAAAAGAAAAAAGACUGUAGAAGACAGUGACAUAUGCUGUCCAACAGAAACACAGAUGCUCAGAGAAGCAAAGCAGAUUGAAAAGGAAGAAAAAUCAAAGUCUGGGAAAGUUGAAAAAGGUACAAAUAAAUCUACUGAUGGGUCAAAACAGAAAGCAGAGGAAUCUGACGUGGAGUUUACACACAACCAGAUUCCCGCGAAAAGACUGAAACCUGAGCUGAGCAAAAGACAGAGUCUGCAAAGAGAGAAGCUGCGGAAAAUACUCCACAGCCAGGAGACGGCCCAUCCAGAGACUCCCGCUGAGACAAAAGACGAGCCGGCGGUACCGGAAGAAGAGGUGAAGCAGGACCGCUCUGCCUCCCUCAGGUCCCGCAUGGAGCAGCGUCUGGAUUCGGCUCGUUUCCGCUACAUUAACGAAGUUUUAUACAGCACGUCCAGCGGCGAGGCCAAGCGCAUGUUCGUGCAGGAUCCACAGGCCUUCUGGAUCUACCAUAGAGGGUACACAGCACAGGUUCAGAGGUGGCCGGCCAACCCGGUAGAUGGGAUCAUCGCUUACAUUCAACAAAGGCCUUCCUCUCUAGUGGUUGCAGACUUCGGGUGUGGGGACUGUAAAAUAGGGCGCAGCGUGAAGAACAAAGUGCACAGCUUCGACUUGGCGGCAGCCUGUGAGCUCGUGACAGUGUGUGACAUGGCCAACGUCCCGCUUCCUGAUGCCUCUGUGGACAUCGCUGUGUUCUGCCUUUCUCUCAUGGGAACCAACCUGGAAGAUUUUUUAGCGGAGGCCAAUCGUGUUUUGAAGAUGAGGGGAGUUCUCAAAAUAGCAGAAGUGGCAAGCAGGUUCGAUAACCCUCGGAGCUUCAUCACUGCACUGGCAAAUCUGGGUUUCAAGAUGGUGUCCAAGGACACAGAGAACACUCAUUUCUACUCCUUUGAAUUUGUGAAGACGGGAGAUGCUCCAGAAAAUAUAAAGAAAUUUGGACUGCAGUUGAAGCCUUGUGUCUACAAGAAAAGAUGAAUUUAUGUGACAUUUAGCAGCUUGGGUUUACUGUUGUCAAAGCAGUAUGUGUACAUUUUUAUGUAAAAGUAUUGUUUUGAAGCCUCUGUAAUCUGUUUUUUGAUCACAGGAUCAAGUUCCAUUAUCUGCAUUAGCGUACAUGGACUUUUCAUGUAACACAAGACACUGUUAUAAGUUUCAAAGUAAGUGCAUCAUUGUAUCAGAUUUAACAUGUUUUGUUGGAGUAAAAAUCUACAUACGUACCAGUUUAGUUGUGUAAAAUGUUGAGAUUAACCUGUUGGAAAUAAACAAAUUUAUGGAAAACGUGAAAAACGAAUUAUACAUUUUUGAAAUAAAUUUAUUUUGUAUGA